AUGGCAGCCGAACAGAGAAAGCUGCUCGAGCAGCUCAUGGGCGCGUCAUCGUCGUCGCGCGCCGCCCAGCUCUCGCUCAACGACCCCAAAGUCUGCCGAUCGUACAUCGUCGGCACGUGUCCGCACGAUCUCUUCACAAAUACCAAGCAGGACAUCGGCCAGUGCCCCAAAGUGCAUGCCGAGAGCCUCAAGACGGAGUACGAGGGCCUGUCGGAGCGGGAAAAGCACAAGUACGGCUUCGAGUACGACUACAUGCGCGACCUGCAAAAGUACAUUGACGAGUGCAAUCGCCGAAUCGAUGCGGCGCAGAGGCGUCUCGAGAAGACUCCGGACGAGAUCCGGCAAACCAAUGCUUUGCUCAAAACCAUCUCCGAUCUCUCAGCGUCCAUCAACAGCGGCCUCCUCGAAGUCGAAAUCCUCGGCUCCCUAGGCGAAGUCUCUCGCGCCCAGGACGAGCUCUUCCGCGUGCGGCAAGCCGGCCAGCAAAAAUCGGACCGCGAAAAGGAACUCAAGGCCCUGUCCGACACGUCGGGCCCGUCCGGCCACCAGAAGCUGCAGGUCUGCGACGUCUGCGGCGCCUAUCUCAGCAGGCUCGACAACGACCGCCGCUUGGCCGACCACUUUUACGGCAAGAUGCAUCUGGGGUAUGCGCAGAUGCGGAAGACGUACGACGCGUUCCCCAAGGAGAUGAAGGGCAGGUCACGGCCCGCCAUGGACGACGACGGCCCGGGAGGAGGACCCAGGGGGCCGAGAGGGCCCGGAGGGUACCGGAGCGGGAGGGGAAGAGGUUACCGCGGCGGGUGGUAA